AUGUCACAGAAAGUACAGCAAGCAGCUACCAAUUCACUCAUCAGCAAGUAUAUUAACAAACAAACCCUAAAGUAUGUCUUUACUACACACUUCUGGGGUCCAAUCUCUAACUUUGGGAUCCCUAUUGCUGCCGUGUAUGAUCUACAGAAAGAUCCAAACCGUAUUUCAGGACCUAUGACUGGUGCUUUGAUUGCCUACUCUGCCGUCUUUAUGAAAUACGCUUUGGCUGUUCAACCUAAAAACUUCCUACUGUUUGCAUGUCAUUUCAUCAACGAAACUGCUCAAUUGGGCCAAGGGUUCCGUUUUCUAAAUUACCACUAUUUCAUUGACGAUGCCAAGAGAGCUAAAAUCGAUGAAAAGUUUGCUAUCAAAGAGGCUCUGGAACGUCAACAACAAGAAGAGGCUGAGAAGUAA